AUACAACACUGUAGAGGUCCAGUUGAAUACCACACCGUAGACAUCUAGUUGAUCAUAAUAAUGGAGAUUUUGAGUUUAAUUAACAUACCAUAUUGGAUUUUAACAAUAAGUUUAAUAUGCCUGUCUCUGUAUCUUUACACGGUAUGGCGACAUGGUAUUUGGAAACGAUUAGGAAUUCCUGGACCUAAGCCCUAUCCAUUUUUAGGACUGCUAAAACAGCUCCCGAUUGAUGGAUUUGCAGCAACUGAUUUCAACCUCAUACAGAAAUACGGAAAGGUUGUAGGGGUAUACCAAGGAACCAGACCAACUUUACUGAUAUCAGAUCCAGAUAUAGUCCGAGAUUUAUUUAUAAAGGACUUUUCAAACUUUACCAAUCGUCCAGACGUCAUUAAACCAGACAAAUUUACCUCGCACAGUAUGACAGUGGCUCGAGAUGACUAUUGGAAAUUCUUGAGGACUAAAAUAUCUCCAACGUUUACAACAGGAAAGCUGAGAAACAUGACCCCACUAAUCCAGCGGUGCUGUGAUGACUUGGUGGAUAAUAUUAAGAAGCAAUCUGAAGGGGAUUCUGUUAUUGACAUGAAAGAGAUAGCCAGUGGCUUUACAAUGGACGUGAUUUGUAGUACAGCCUUUGGUAUGCAGGUGAAUUCACAGACGGAAAAAGACAACCAGUUUGUUAGUUAUGCUAGGAGAGCAAUGAGGACUCAAGUUAAAGCCAUCUUUUUCCUGAUAUGUAUGACAUUUCCAUUCAUGAAGAGCAUUAUGACGGCACUAUUUGAAACACCACAAUUUGGUGGAACAGAACAUUUCUUCAAGAAAGUGGUUUCUGAUAUUUUGAAAGACCGAAACAGUUCGAAUAUUCAUCGAGAUUUCAUUCAAAUUGUAACUGAAGAUUCAUCAACUAACGACAAUUCAGAAGAUACCGAAGCUCCUCAAGGUUCAUCAAAAUUUCACAGCAGAGCGUUAACAGAAGAUGAGAUAGCUGUCAAUUCUCUGAUAUUUUUCUCCGCUGGAUUCGAUACAACAUCCAUAGCUGUUUCAUUUUCUUCCUACUGCCUGGCAAGGUACCCAGACAUACAGGACAAACUCAUACAGGAAAUAGAUAAAACUCUUGGAAAGGAAAUUCCAACACAUGAUAUUGUAAUGAAAAUGGAGUAUCUGGACUUGUUUGUGUCUGAGGUCCUGAGACUUUACGCACCAUCAACUAGGUUUUUCAGAGAGGCAAGGGAGGAUGUGUCUAUAAACGGUUGGUUAAUUCCAAAAGACGCUGAUGUAACAGUGUGUGUAUAUGCGUUACACAGAGAUCCUGAAUACUGGCCCGAGCCAGAAACAUUUGACCCCGAAAGGUUUACAGAAGAAAACAAGGCAAAGCGGCAUCCUUAUGCAUACCUUCCAUUUGGUAUUGGACCACGUAUUUGUGUAGGAAUGAGACUAGCCUUGCUUGAAACAAAAAUGGCAAUUGUUUAUAUGUUACAGAACUUCAAGUUUGUGACUUGUGAUGAAACAGAGAUUCCUGUUAUCUUUGAGAAAGGAUUUCUUCUUAGGGCAGAGAAUGGAAUAAAACUAAAAGUAACACAACGUUAGUGCAUCCACGAGGCUUGCAUGGUAAAUAGAAAAAGCUAACGUUAUCACUUCGUCAGCUAGGAUUAAAAUUCGGAGGAUCAGUACAAUGAAAGUUUCG